CUACGCAUGUGUGAACGUGUCACUUCCUUUCAUCGCAACCAUGGCCGGCAAAGCAGCAUUUUGUAGCAUUUUUGCUGUUUUAGUUUCCAUUUCAUCAGUUUCUGGCUUAUAUUUUCAUAUAGGAGAAACUGAGAAAAAAUGUUUUAUAGAAGAAAUACCAGAUGAAACCAUGGUCGUAGGCCAUUACAAAGUUGAGAUUCUAGACAACAAUAUAAAUGACUAUGUACCAACAGUAUAUGGAUUAGGAAUGCACGUAGAGAUCAGAGAUCCUGAAGAUAAAGUUGUGAUGUCACGGACUUACGCUGCUGAAGGACGUUUCACAUUCACAUCUCAUCUGGCUGGAGAACAUGUGGUUUGUCUCCACUCCAACUCCACAGCCUGGUUCUCCAGUGGACAAUUGAGAGUUCAUCUGGACAUACAAGUGGGAGAGCAUGCUGUAGAUUACUCUCAGAUCCAGGCAAAAGACAAACUAUCAGAGCUCCAACUCAGGAUCCGCCAGCUUCUCGACCAGGUAGAGCAGAUCACAAAGGAACAGAAUUACCAAAGGUACCGAGAGGAAAGGUUCAGACAGACAAGCGAGAGCACAAACCAGAGAGUAUUGUGGUGGUCCAUUGCCCAGACCCUUAUUCUCCUGCUUACCGGUUUCUGGCAGAUGAGGCAUCUUAAGAGUUUCUUUGAGGCCAAGAAGUUGGUGUAGGCCAUAUAAUCAUCCUAAGGCAGCAAACUGGCUGUAGAUCAGGAGUUAGUGGAUCUUAUCCUCAGGAAUUAUUUCUAGAUGUACAGGGUAAAUUAAACAAAACUAUUGAGACUUGUCUCUUUUGUGUACAUCAGCUUCUUGAUUAUUGGAAUGAAAUUGCUUUUUAAUUUGCAAUUAAUAAAUCAUUAUGUCAUAAUCAGGCAAUGCAAUCUAUAUGUGGUUCACAGUUUGGUUUAAGAUAUCUCGUUCUCUUAGUUUUAAAUUCCAUAGUGCCAUGUGCAAAAAAAAAAAAAAAUGAAAAGCAUUCUUCAUUCUUCAAAAAGAAGGACAGGAAGGUAUACCAACUUCUGAAGUUUCAAAUCAUGAAGACAGAAAUCUGAUUCAGUAAAGAGCUACAAAUAUCAUUUUUUUUCCUGAAUUUAGCAUUUUUUGAAAAGAUAAAGGGCCAUAACUCCUGAUACACAGCUUGUUGAAAAAUAUUGCACUUUUCAUACAUGUAUCAAUUUAAAUAAGAACAAGAAAUGUGAUAAAGAUAUGAUGCUGUUAAUGAACCAUUUGUUGUAUAUUAUGUCAGGUCAAAGUACAAUUGACAUUUUGAUAAAAAAUAUAUUCAAAUAGUUUGGUUUAGAACACAUAUUCUCAAUAGAUAAACAGGAAUGAAAUUAUCACAGAUAUUGUUUGGCUAGACUGUAAACUUAUGUAUGCUCUCUGUAUGAUCCCAAGUAAACAAUGUAGCACCAUUUUAAAAUUGGCACAUAUUCUAGGUGUAUCUCUUUCAACUGAUUUAAUUGAAUUCUUUUCUUCUUACAAGCGUCAUUUGUAUUGGUUAGAAAAUUAAAUAUGGUUACUCUUAAAUGUGUUAUCAUACAUUAUUGAAUAGAUUAAAAAAUAUAAGUGAUUUUGUAGGCUAAGCCACUAAAGGGCCGAUUUCAAGUCAGCUGUUUCUAGUCCUGUAUCAUUUGGCCUGAGAUCCGUAGCUCUACCUUGUUCUGAAAACUUUAAUUUUUGUGGGAAAAGGUAUUUUAUUAUACCCUUAUAUUAUAUCCUAUGUUUCCCCCCGACUUUUAAGGAUAUUAAAUUGAAGUGCUUUUAAAAAAAAUGGCUUUACAGAAGUUGAGCUAUGUUUUUUUGUGAUAGUUCAUUCAAGAAUUUUUAUUUGAUGUGAGGAUGUAUGAUUGUGAAAAUGAAAGAAAUAGAUCUUAGAUAAUUGAACUGGUAUCAAUACAUAUUGUAACUACUGCCAGUUGGUACAUCAGUAUAGUGUGAUGGUGAGUGUAAGCUUGAUGGUAUGGUAGGAUCCUAAUCCCUUUUCAAUACUAGAUAUUUUCUUAAGAAUGGAUGAAGGUAUUUCUUGGGUUGGAAUGUACAUGAUGUUGAGAAAUAAUUGUUUAUUCUCCUGAAGAUUAAGAUGAUAUAAUUUCAUAACAUGUUUAGUCAGAAACUUCAUACAUACAAAAUCAUAUACAUUUUGUAUAAAGGAUUGUAAUCCGCAUGGAAGAAAUUUGUGCAUCACAAUGUUUUGUGAUUUCAUUUUGCUGAUUGUGUUGACCGAAUUUAAUUUUAUAUUCAUUCUGAUGCAAUUAGGUAGAAGAAUACUAUUAUCAAUUGGGUUACAUGCUUGUUUUCAUAUAAAGAGUGAAUGUUUUAUACUUAGUACAAACUGUUUGUAUAUUUUAGUAUAAAUAUUUUCAGUCCAAUGUAUAUGUAGUUGUACAGUAAUUCUCUGUAAGGUUCACAUUCAUAAUGCACUUUGAAAAAAUCCUAUACAGAUAUGUGUAUGCUGUAAACUGUGUGUGCUUUGCUUGUAAUUUAAAUGUGGUCUACACGAUUUAACUACAUGUGUGAUUAUCUCUUGCUUUGAUUUCACAACUUGCCCCAAGUCAGUAGCUUGCUAUCCGGACGCAAUGUCUUUUUAAAACAAUUUCCAUCACCAUUCCUUGUGUUUCGUAGAGUUGGUUUGUUAAAAGUUCAUGUGUCCCAUGAGUUUGUGAGAAAUAAACUACUGGCAUAAAAGUCACAUUUAAUUUGCACGCAUUUAUUAGAGUUACGGUAUAUAACCACUAUCUCGGCACAAUAUGUACAGCCAUAUUGAACCAGUAAUGACAGGAUUAUGUGGGCAUUACAUAUACUUUCUUCCCUUCAAAGGAAAUUGCAUGUUUCUAUUUUGCAUGACUGCUCAAUUCAUGCUUGAUAUAACUUCAUUAUAUUCUAAAAGUCAUAAAUAUUUUCCAUCAUCACGUUUAUUAAAAAGCACAGUGCUACCAUGCACAAUUUAUGAUUUAUCCAUUUCAACAAUACUAACAAAUAAUUUUUGUCCUCUUUAAGUAAUAAUUGUUUGCUUUAGUUUUGCUGUUUAGUGUCAUUUCUGCUGCUAUCUUAUGAAAGUAAAUUGUGAGAGUGAGAGAAUUUAUCUUUUCUGCAUCAGCGUGAUAGUCAUAAUAAAUAAGUUAUUAUUUCCAGUAUCUGACUGAUAGUCUCGUAUCCCCAUAGUGUUUCUCCGUUUAUUUAUUGUGACUGAACAUGUUAUCGUGAGGAAGUGUGAAAUUGGAAUAAAGAGUAAAUACACUUUC